AUGUUUAACUGGCUAUUCAUUUUAUUCACUUAUCAUCCUUGGUUAUGUGUUAUAUUGUCUAUUAUAUUGUUGUUAGGUGUUUAUGAUUUAUUGACUACUCCAAUGGAAAUUGAAGGAAUUUUUACAAUACCUAAUGAAUUACCAAUUUUCGGGCAUUUAAUUCAAAUUAUAAAUAAUCCUUCCUUGGUGUUUUUAAAUUGGUGUAACUUAUAUAAUGAAUCAAUAUUUCAAAUUAGAAUUGGGAAUACUAGAUACGUUGUAGUUAAUUCAUAUAAUGAUGUUUUUAAUCUUUGGAUAAAUUAUUCAUGUCAAAAUAAUUCAAGACCUAUUCAUUAUACUUUUCAUAAGUUAGUUAGUUCUUAUCAAGGCUAUACUAUUGGUUCAACCCCUUCAAGUCCAACAUGUAAACGGAAAAAGAAAUCAAUUGGGAAAUUUAUGACUCGAUCAUCAAUUGAUCAAUAUAGAGAAAUUAUUAAUGAAAAUAUAAAUCAGACAAUACACGAAUUGUUUAAGCAUACUUAUGAUGAAAUUGAUUUGAUGAAGUAUUUUCAGCAGUAUAUUUUAAAGACUAGUAUUAUGAUAAGUUAUGGUAUUGAAUUGACAGAUACAGAAUUAAUUGAUAAAAUUAUAUAUGUUGAAAAUCAAAUUAUAAAAUUAAGGUCUUCAAUUUCAUGCUUACAAGAUACUAUACCAGUAUUAAGAAUAUUCCCAUCGAGAGCUAGAUCAUUAGGUAAACGAAGAGAAGUCUAUAUGAAUAAAUUUAUGAAAGAAUUAGAUUUAAAUAGUGAACGAGGUUGGAAUAGUAUCGUUGGUAAUUUAUUAACCAAUGAGUCAUUGACAGUUGAAGAAAUUCAAAGUGUUUGUUUAACUUUGGUAAGUGCUGGUUUGGAUAAUACUCCAUUAAAUUUGAAUUAUCUAUUUGGUGUGAUAUCGAGUAGAGAGGAUAUACAAUUGAAUGCAUUACGUAAUAUUCUAGAAACUUCAAAUGAUAAUUUAGAACUAGCAUGGGAGCAGCUGCAAACUGUUAAAUGCGAUUAUGUAUAUGCAAUAGUUUUAGAGUGUUUGAGAAAUUUUUCAGUCCUACCAUUAAGUUUACCUAGACUAACUACAAAGACAAUAAAUUACAAGGGCCUAAUUCUACCAAAUGGAACAAAUUUAUUAAUGAAUACAUAUUCUGCAAAUCAUGAUCCGGAAAUAUUUGAUAAUCCCUAUGAAUUCAGACCUGAAAGAUGGUUAAAAGAUGGUAAAUUAAUUAUAAACCCAGCUAGUUCAUUUCAAAAUCAUUUCACAUUUGGUGCUGGUUCAAGAAUGUGUUCUGGAAAUAACCUUGCAACUAAAGAAAUUUAUGAAAUUACAAUUAGGUUAUUAUUAAUAUUUGAAAUUAUAACAAAUGAAGAAUUUGAACUUAAUCCAUUCAGAUCAAAUACAAAUCCAAAAGGAAUAUCAUUUGAGCCGAAGCAACAUUGUAUAAUACUAAAACCAAGAUAUUUAACAGGAUUUGAGAAAUUAUAUGAAUUAAUAAAUAGGUAA